AUGGCUCCCUUUGGAGGUGACUAUUUUGGCUUAGAUCUGAUUAGCAGCUUUGACUGUUUAUUUUAUGACCCAAUUACAGGUUUGCUGCCGGUGUAUUUUGGAAGCCUAGCUUUUUGCUACAUCUUGGUGUUUACGUGUAUGCUGCUCCUUCAAUGGCGAAAACAAAUCCUUCAGAAGCGCCGUGCAAAAGUCUGGAUGAAACAGUUGAAAGCGGAGUCUUAUUUUCAACAUGCAUUGGCUCAUAGGGCUGAUGAGGAAGCCCAGCCUAGAACAAAUACAGCCACCCGCAAUCCCGAUAACAUACUAGACUUAGAACCACAAAGCACUGUCUUACCUAGUGAGAAUAUUGUGGAGAGCAACGUCAAUUCUACCCCUCCACUUCUAGAUUCAGCUCCAUACAAACCAGUAUUUCAAGAAGUUCCAUGUGCUUGUGCACUCUCUCACUUGCCGCCACUGCUUGCGCAUUCAGCUUCUUACCCUUGCUCUACCAUUCCAGCAGAAAGUUCACCAUUCAGCUCGCCUCUAAAACCAACCAUCUUGAAAUAUGAUCCAUACAGUAUGGGUAGAAGGAUUUCUGCUUAGCGAUCAAAUGUGACGGAUGGGAAUAUUCUUAAGUGGUUUCAGUUAGAACUCAAUUAAAGAUCAGUUUCAAACUAUUUCCGUUAUCAUUCAAGCAUUGUUUUAAUAUUGGGAAGACAAUCUGCCUUCGACAGCUAGUGUAGAAAGAAAUCACUUCAGAAAUUAAAUUGUAUUCAGAAUCCGUUCAUAUAUCAUGAAACUGAAGUAUAUGUUCUUUCCAAGGUUUCUAAAUCUAUAUUUCAUCCCAAUUGUCCAAAGAGCUGAAUAUUAUUACAUGGCCAUACUUCAAUUUUAACUUCACUAACAAAUUACAUUUUAAAAUAUAUGAGUAAUAUCCAGAUAUAUCAAAAAGCAAAGUGUAUGGAAGUCUUUAUAAUUAAAACCAGCAAACAUUGUUUAGUCCUGAGUGUCUCACAUUUCAUUAGCAAAGUUAGUUAUGGCUAACAAAUGGCACUUAUAGUGCAGCCUUUUAAAACUUAAAGUAAAAUAUAGUACAAAUUAUGGUCCAACUCAGUGAAUAUUUUGGAGCAACUUAUUUUUUUCCAGUGUGAGAGGUAAUCUGGGAACAGCAACUGUUUUUACAAAUCAGUUUAUCAUGUUAUGCAAUUCUAAUAGACACAAUAGGAUUUUUUCAAGUGAACCGCAUUAUCAAAGAGAAAGCUGAAUGCUUCAGUUUAUUCUAUAACAUAUUUUUCUAGAUGAAAUAAAAUAACCAUUAGACCCAAAACAAACUAUUUUAUUUAGAUUUGACAUUCACAAUGCAUAAUAGGUGCAAAAUGCAACAGCUAAAUCCAGCUUUCAUUCACUCCAUUAGAGCUUUUACACAUUUGUGAGGUCCUAUUUUAUAAACCAUUUCAAUUAGUUUAAGUAGGACAAUGCAAAUCAAUUACCUUUAUACAAUGUAAAACCAGUGUACUUUCAGUGCAGUGGAUUCCAAUACAAAUCCUAAAGAACAAACACUAUGAUUCACAGCAGAGCAUUGUUUUUUAACAUUUUAAAGAUCAGAUUAGUUAAUUCAUAUUCUAAAGGACAUAAUUUUCAUUCUGGAGAUAUAAAAUCAAGACUCUUUUUUUAAUAGCAUAAAAAGCAGUACCACUUUUAAACUAUACCCAACACUCCCAUACAAGGAAAACAGGUUUCAAUCUUUCAAAACCCUUAAGAAUUAUUUCCUUUGCAAUGUUAUGCUUCUCCAUACAAAUAAACUACCCUUUUCUAUAAAUCUUAAUUUUAUUCAUUCUUUUCAUAUGAUUAUCUGAACAAAAAGAUAAGUAAUUUUUACUUUUUAAAUGCCACUAGAAUUUUUUGUGCAAUCACAAAAGAUACAAUACAUUCCACUGUUACAUUACCCUGUCCCUAUUCUUUCUAUUCUGAAUGUCCCUAAUUUUAUCAGAGGAUUCUAUUAUUGUGAAAUACCUGAAUAACCUACUGUGUUUUUCAGACUAUAAGACGCACCAGACCAUAAGACGCACCUAGGUUUAGAGGAGGAAGACAAGAAAAAAAUUAGUUUUUUGCCUUUGUGCGUCCCGUUUUUGCCCUCCCCAGCGACCAGAAGCACUCUACAGGCCAAAAGUGAGUCUUUUUUUUUGGCCUGCAGAGUGCUUCUGGA